GAGCUGACAGAAGAAGCAAAAGAAGGCGCCUUCUCCAAUUUUCCUCUCUCCCAAAACACCAUCAACCUUCUCAAAGCUCGAGGUGUAAAAUACCUGUUCCCUGUGCAAGUGAAGACUUUUCAGCCCAUAUAUGAUGGCAAAGACCUAAUUGCUCAAGCUCGAACAGGAACUGGGAAAACCUAUUCUUUUGCUGUUCCGCUGACAGAAAAACUUCAGAGUGUCUCGCAAGAUGGGAGAAGAGGCCGUUCACCAAAGGUGCUGGUUCUUGUUCCAACUAGGGAAUUGGCCACUCAGGUAGCCAAAGACUUCAAGAAUCUCACCAGGAAACUGUCAGUGGCUUGUUUUUAUGGAGGAACUCCAUAUAAAGAACAGCUUGAUCUCCUUAAAAGUGGCAUUGAUAUUCUAGUGGGAACUCCUGGACGGAUCAAAGACCACAUUCAGAAUAGCAAGCUGGAACUUUCUGGUGUGAAGCAUGUUGUGUUGGACGAAGUUGAUCACAUGUUAGACAUGGGCUUUGCUGAACAAGUGGAAGAAAUCUUAGGAUUUGCUUAUAAAAAAGGUUCUGAGAACAACCCCCAGACACUGCUGUUUUCCGCAACUUGUCCGCGAUGGGUAUAUGAUGUGGCAAAAAAAUACAUGAAAGAUGAAUAUGUACAGAUUGACCUGAUCGGAAAGAAGACUCAAAGGACUGCCACAACUGUGGAACACUUGGCUAUACAAUGUCGGUCAUCUCAGAGAGCAGGAGUUCUUGGGGAUAUCAUUCAGGUCUACAGUGGCAGCCAGGGGCGGACCAUUGUCUUUUGUGAGACCAAAAAGGAAGCAAAUGAACUGGCUAUGAAUGCUUCGCUCAAACAGGAUGCCCAGUCUUUGCAUGGUGACAUUCCGCAAAAACAGAGAGAAAUUACAUUAAAAGGCUUUAGAAGUGGUGUGUUUGAAGUUCUGAUUGCAACAAACGUAGCUGCCCGUGGUUUGGAUAUCCCUGAGGUUGACCUUGUCAUACAGUGUUCACCACCAAAAGAUGUUGAUUCCUACAUCCAUCGUUCUGGACGUACGGGUCGAGCUGGCCGGACUGGGAUCUGCAUUUGUUUAUUUCAGAGAAGAGAAGAAGAUCUUCUGAAGCAGGUUGAGCACAAAGCGGGGAUUACAUUUAAGCGUAUAGGUGUUCCUUCUGCUACAGACGUGAUUAAAGCUUCAAGUAAUGAUGCCAAAAAGUUGUUGGAGGCCAUUCCUCCUUCUGCAGUAGACUACUUCAGAAAAUCUGCUCAAGAGCUCAUAGACGAAAAAGGGGCGGUUGCUGCCCUGGCUGCAGCGCUGGCCCAUAUUUCUGGGGCAUCCUACAUACAGCAGCGCUCCUUACUCAACUCGACUGCGGGCUUCGUGACCAUGGUGUUGAAGUGUUCAAUAGAAAUGCGUAGUAUGAGCUAUGCCUGGCGAGGACUAAAAGAACAGCUUGGUGAGGAGGUAGAUGCCAAAAUAUCCGCAAUGCGCUUCCUCAAGGGGAAGAUGGGGGUGUGCUUUGAUAUCCCUGUUGGCGAACUCAGUAACAUACAGGAACAGUGGAAGGACACCAGGCGCUGGCAACUGUCGGUGGCAAAGGAAUUGCCUGAGCUGGAAGAGUACCCCCAGGAGGCGGGACGAGGGUUCUCGAGGUUUGGAAACGGGAGGCAAG